GGGAACACCCGCAAAAAGUACCGUCACGUUGGACCAUUUCAGCGGACACGUUUUGACAUUCGGCAUCUAAACAUGGUGGAUAAAGAUGACCAGUCGCGGAAGGAGGAGGAGGAGGAGGAGGAGGAUGAGGGGCAGCUUACAGCAUCGACGAUAGCCGAUGACCAAGAGAUUGAUUUUGUGACAUUGGGAAUGCUGAUCAUCGAUGACAUUGAAUACGCACCACCCAAGCCACCAGUCCGCAACGUCCUAGGAGGCGCCGGAACCUAUGCGGCACUUGGGGCGCGGCUCCUCUCGCCGGCACCGACGCAGUCCAAGCGGGUCGGGUGGAUCGUGGACCGCGGCUCCGACUUCCCGGCGCAGGUGACGUCGCAGAUCGAAAGCUGGCAGACGUCUGCGCUGGUGCGCGACGACCCUUCGCGCCUGACGACGCGCGGCUGGAACGGGUACGACGACCCGUCCGACCCGGACCGGCGCGCCUUCCACUACGUCACGCCCAAGAAGCGCCUCACGCCCGACGACCUGGCCGCCGCGUCCCACCCGGCGCUGCUCGCCGCCGCCGCCGUGCACAUAUGCUCGGGCCCGGCGCGGUGCCGCGAGGUGGUCGAGUCGCUGCGGAGGCUCCGUCGCGCCGCCAUGGGUGACGCCUACCGCCGCGCCCUCGUCGUCUGGGAGCCCGUCCCGGACCUGUGCACCGUCGACGAGCUGAUCGAGGUCACAAAGACGCUGCCGCUCGUCGACGUCUGCAGCCCCAACCACGCCGAGCUCGCCUCCCUCAUGGGCGACUCGGGUCCCGGUGCAGGAUUGACUGCCGACGGCCAGGUCGAUACAGAAGCCGUCGAGCGCUCCUGCGUCCAGCUGAUGGAGAGCAUGCCCAUGGCCCGCGUCGCCAUGGUGGUCCGGGCCGGGCCGAGUGGGUGUUUUGUCACGCGCGGCAGCGGCGGUGGGACGCGGCGGAGGCGGGGUGGGAGCAAGAAGGGGAGCGGUGGUGACGAUGGCGGUGGUGCAAAGGUUGUCAAAGUCCAUGGGCGGGAUUUGCAGGCCGGUGUCGACUUUGAGGCCUUGUUUUCCAGCAUGAUGCGAGAUGAUGACGGGCGGAUAGCGCGUGACGAUGAUGAGACGGAAGACGACGGCGAAGGUGCCGAGUCCGAGAUCGAUCCAGGAGUAGACCGUUGGCUGCCCGCCUUUUUCCAGCCCGAGGAUGCUGCAGCGGGUAGGAUCGUCGACCCUACGGGAGGGGGUAAUACGUUCCUGGGCGGGCUCACGGUUGCGCUUGGUCGCGGCAAGGCCGUUGAGGAUGCUGCGGUAUGGGCGAGCGUGGCUGCCAGUUUUGCCAUUGAGCAGAUCGGCAUGCCCUCGUUGGGAGUCGACAGCCAGGGAAUAGAGACUUGGAAUGGUGUGCGCGUGUCGACGAGGCUUGAAGAAUACUCCAAGAGACUUGGGCUAGAUCCCAAAGAUUAUGUGUUAUGA